UAAGGCUCGGCUCAGACCUUCGAUCAGCUAAGUUAACGUUGGUGCUUAAGCUUUCAACUGUUUCGAGAUGAUGAAAGUUUGGUUCAUUUUGGUGGUGGCUUUGGUCGCUGUGAAGGCUUCCUACAUACCAUAUCCUAUGGCUGUGCCUCCUGUGAAUAUUUCUGAGAUUUUAGGAAAGCAAACUCGUAUCGUGAAUGGAAAUGUUGCUGCUCUAGGUCAAUUCCCAUACUUCGCUCAAAUUUUGCUCACUGUCGGUGGAAAUUCCUAUUUAUGCGGUGGUUCGAUCAUCUCAAACCGAUGGAUUUUGACAGCAGCUCAUUGUGCUACCGGAGUUUCAAGUUUCCAAAUAUUUGUUGGUUCUGUACAGAUAAAUAAGGGAACCAAGUAUUUUUCCCAGGAAAAGUACAUACAUCCGUCCUACAACAUGUAUUUGAACUACGACAUCGCUCUCAUACGUGUUAACAGCACAAUUAUUUUCACAGAUAAUGUCAAACCCAUCACUUUACCAAGUGUAGGAGAAUCAAACCAGUACGAAGGCUACAAGCCUUUGAUAAUGGGAUUUGGAAUGAGGGGUGAUUAUCAAGGGACAUCAAGUUUGCUGAAAUACGCUGAGGUAUCAGUAAUAUCAAACAGCCAAUGUGAAAUAACUUUCGGACCUGCGGUCAUUAUCCCUUCAACGAUGUGCACUGUAGGACUAGCAGGACAAAAUACAUGCAACGGAGACUCAGGCGGUCCAGUCGUUUACGAUAAUGUGCAAAUCGGAAUUAUUUCGUUUGUUCAUGUAAAUGGCUGCGAAUCAGGUAAUCCUUUUGGACACGUUCGCGUUGCAAGCCUGCGGCAAUGGAUCUUAGACGUAUCUGGAAUAUAAGAUUACCUAGAUUGAUGAGCACUGGUGAUUUGUAGAAAUAAAUUUUUACUCAAGCAUAA